AUGUGUGUAUAUGUAUAUGUAUAUAUAUAUAUAUAUAUAUAUAUAUAUAUAUAUAUAUAUAUAUUUAUAUAUAUAUUACUUUUAUAUUAUAUAAAAUCCCGGUUAUGCGCUCACAAUGCCACUAUAUUUAAAUCGAGGAUUACCGUUUUCAGAUACAAAUAAAACAAAUUAAUAAGAAUAUCGAAGAUUUGUAUUUUUUCAUAUAUCGAACUGUACGAUAAUUUGUUGAAAUGUUGUGAAAUUUAAUCGUUUUCAACAUUAUUUUAUUUAACGUCAUUAAUUAUGAUUAGGCAUUAGUUAUUGAAAGAAACAUUUGUAUUUCUUCUUUAAAUAGAUUAUUGUCAAAAGAUAAUAUGGAUGCUAUAAUUUCAAUGACGAGUUUUCAUUACAUAAUGUCUAAAUUUUCUAAUCUUCUAAUCACAUUGAAACAAAAACUCGACAAAUUACGAAUUGAAAUUCGUGAAGAUAUAAAUAACUUUAAUAAAAAUGAUAACUGGAAUCAACAUAUCGUAACCUCGAAUCAAGAAAAUGAGACUAAUACAAAGAUAAAAUUAUAUAUACUUGAUUUGGAAAAGCAAUUAAACACAUUAGAAAAUACUUUUAACGAUUCCUGGCUUCGUAUCUUUUUGUAUGUCAGUAAUUACAUGUGUACAGUUCCUUUAACCGAAGAAGUGCACAAAGAAAUAACAAAAAAUAUUAUUACAAUGCAUAAAAUAACUUUUCCCGAGUACGACGAGAAUAAUUUUAAAUAGAAUGAAAAAUAUCUUUUAGAAGGUAACAUUGUCUUCGAUUUUAUUAUUCCCAAUGAUUUUUCAAAGAUUUACAAUUUUCCAUUAUUUAAUCGUAAUAGUAAAAACUCGAGUGAUUAACUUUACGUAACAGAUAUGAUAAA